AUGCGCUUGCACCUCGUCAUAUCUCGCCAUGGCCUACCGCCGACACGAAUUCUCUGGACAACGAGCUCGUCCUCGACCUUAGGUGAAUAUGGGUCUCAUCAACCGGCAACGGCGUCGAUGGUCGCGUCUUCGCGCACGCCGAACAUCGCCUUCGCCAAUGGAGGGUACACGAUCGCACAGUUGCUGGAAGAUGUGAAUGAAGUUGUCCCACUCGAAACAGAACCGACGAUAUUUGACCCGGAGUUUAGCGGUCAGUGGGGCCUGGAGGACUACGUCGUCGAGGUUGGGGGAUCGGAGUGCCUCCAUUUCAUGGAGGUGGAUGGGCUGCUGAGGGAUGGGGACGAAGUCGUGAUCCGAGCGCUUCAACUGGCUGACCUUCGUGCUCGGCGUAUUUGCGGCCGUCACCAAAUCACUGGCGAUGGGAAACAUUUGAUUGAUGGAGUGCCGUUCGGCAUGCCUUUUUACAAACGGACCACCUCGAAUCGACCGGCUAUCACAAUUCCGCCCAGAAAGAAGCGGCGGACUGCUUUCUCUGGAUGGGACCAGGGACCAACGUACGAAGAUCCCGGUGCAAACGUCAGAGUGCAGAGAGGCCAUGCAAGUGACGAUGAAUGGCUUCCUCAAGAUCCUGGUCAAUACGGAAAAGAGCUUUCAGUUUUGCCAGCCGACCAUGAGAUUUCGGACAUGGGGACUGUGAUCCGCCAUCCUGUCAAUUACUCAGGGAAUGCGGAUGAGGCCAUGGAUGAGGAUUCUGGGGAAGAUUCCUACCGCUCAGACUCUGAUGAAGAAGCCGACAUUGAAUAUGAAGCGGAUGAGCUCGAGGACGAACUCAAAGCUUUGAAAGAAGAGUUCGAGAUUUCUGAGCCUCGGAUCCUAAACAUACACUCUCAGCCUCGAGAGUCAUCAGGCCCGUCUCUACGCCCAAGCUCAAUCGCCAAGAGGCCCUUAUCCUCGGAAUCCCAAGGAAAAAGCUCGCUUGUGGGUGCGUCCUCCUUCUCUAGCAAACAUUCCGCGGGUCACCAGGAUUCUUCGCCCCGUAUGCCCAAGGCCGUCAGGUUCAACGGAGGAGCCCCGCGUGCCGACUUGGCCGCUGGGGGCCCCACGCAGGAAGAAGAAGACUCGUCCUCCUCCUCAUCAAGUGAAUCCAGCUCGGACUCGGAGGACGCAGAAGAUGAAGAGGAUCCCGAGGUCUCGUCUGACGAAGACUCCCCGCCUGAAGACGUGUCUGCCUCCUCAUCAGCAGAAUCCGAUACUUCGAGUACCAGCUCGACUUCGGAGGACGAUACAUCUGAGUCCGAGGAGGAAGAGGACGAUUCGGUCAUCUCCAAAAAGACCCAGUCGACUAUGAUGAAUCCACCCGGGAAAGGAUCAACGCGCACGAAGAAAAGCAACAUGCGCUUUAAAUUACGGCGCAGACUCUCAAAGUUGAAAGAGCUCAAGAUUCUUCCCGAGGAGGCUGAUUUCGCUGCUCUUCGUGAAUGGGAGGAAAAGAACGGCGGCUGGCACUUGCCCGAGGAGACCAGCAUCUUGUCUGCCUCUACAAACGCGGCUCAAAGGAAAGAAGAUGAGCAGCGCGAAUUCGAAGCAAGACGGGAGAAGCUCCUUCGGGACUUGGCUAGCGGCGGCGUGGACGUCGAUGAGACUUCUGAGAAGCAGAUUACGCAGCCCCAGCGUUCCGGUGAUUCCAGCAGUGUUGAGAGAUCUGUUUCCGCAAACGCUGGAGUAGCUGGAGAGACAUCGAAUCCACGGAAGCUUGACAUUGAAAGCUCACGACGUAUGCUGUUUGGGUCAUUGGGAGUCCGCACGCCAAAGACCGAAGAGGAUGUGGAGGCCACGCGAAGGAAGCUCGCGGCACAGGCCAGCACUGCUCACUCACGCAAGGCUAAAGCAUCUCGGCCACCCGUGGAGGAAAUGAAUGAAGAGAGCGGCGGUGACGACGACUGGGAGAACAAGCUAGUCAUCAAAGCGGUUGAGUGUAUCCAUGAUGACAUUGUGCUGACUGCGCCGCCGUUUCCCUUUGUGCAGAGAUGGGACAAAGAGGCGAAUGAGAUCAUUCGUCAGCGUAACGGCUGGGGUAAAAAGCGUAAGCGCAAGCAGAGAGUCCAAGUCUACGAGGAAGACGAGCAUGGGGAGUACGACGAUUAUGAUCAUAACGCAAGCGAGUCGCACAUGCUCAAUUACGAUUGUCAAUGGCCAACAGCUGAGAAUGAAACAGCACAGGCCGCAGACCACCAGGUGAAAUCUGAAACAAGUCUGGCUGAUGAUUUGCCCCCGAUGCCUGCCGAUCCAAGUUCAUUGGCCGAUCUAUCCGAGAAGGAUACAAAGGUUGGAGCAAUCAUUGCUUUCAAGCAACUGGACAUGUCAAAAGCGACCAACUGGCAGCCUGUGCUUUCAGGAUAUCGUGUUGCUGAAAUUCAUGAGGUGCACAACAAUGGCGAAAUCAAGAUUCGCCUGGCAGCACGCGAUCGACGGCCAAAGCCCAAAGAGCGGGACCCAGAAGACGAAGAACCUCGCGCAUACAUUGAUUUUGAAAUGCCGGGAAUGGAAGAAGAUGACGAAGACGACGGGUAUCGUGAGGUCGACAUGUCAGAGCUCGCCGAGCCAAAGCUUCUUCGCACUGCAGCUCUUGAUAUCAGUGGCGUUGGUGGUGAUCAAGCCGAAGAGAAUGACAAAUCUGGAGCGUCCGCCAGAGAGGGUAGCACUGUAUCUGUAGUAGAGGAUUCUAUGCCAAAUGACCAGCCCGCAUCGUCACCAUCCUCACCCAUCGAAAUGGACCUGGAUGAAACCACUUAUGUGACCCUGGAGACGGCUGCCAGUCGCUUGCCCUCCCUCAAUGGAUCUCCCGCAAGAGCUACGGAAGCGGCGUCUUCUCGAACCCCAACCGCUGCCGCUGCCAGACUUCGCGUCCCUCGUGGCAGAUAUGCAGACGACGAGUACAGCGAGUCGCCAGCUGUCCCAUCGCCAAAUUUCUCGGGCUUUCACUCCGCGCGAUCUUCGCCAGGAACUAGUAUAGGGCCUCGAUAUCAUGAGCUUGGAGACUCAGGCUUGGACGGGCAUACUCUCGUCGGCGAACAGUCGAUGCUAGCCGUGGGUCACGCGAAUCAAGAUAUGUCUGCGAUUUCUUUUACCUCUGCGAACCAAUCUUUCUCGAACACUCAGCAGGACAGCACUCCGCAAGAUCGACAAGUUGUCGACAACAGCCACAUCUCUGCCAGCAACGAGACUCUAGUCUCCAUGGCUCACCAUACAGUCGAAGCUGCCGAGACCGAUCUCAAAAAGUCAUCGCCUGCUCCCAGUGUCAGUUCCAGACCCAGUUCUAGUUCCGAAGAGCAGCAAAGUGAGAGGCCUACCCCGACGCAAAACAGCAGCAUGCUGGAGUUACUAGAGAGCGACUGCUUCAAUGCAGGCGACACCGAAGCGGAGAGGGAGGAGGGGGAUGAUGAUUAUGAUGAAGAAGACAGUGUGCUCCACAGCAAUCAGAGCCCUGACCUCUCCUCACAGACUUCACCGAGACCUCCCACAAGCGCGCAGCGUGUGUCUCACCCCUCGCCUAAUCUCAAUGACGAUUCUUUGCGCCAAUAUGGCUCCCCUGCGACAUCCACUCGCUCCAGACGCCCACAACACUCCUUUACAUCUCAGCCCAGUGUCUCUCAAGUUUCUGAAGUGAUCGAUCUCACAGAAAAAUCCAGCCCGGGUCCUUUGGCGUCCCAUAGCAGUUCGCCGCAGCGCCCGACGACGAACGGUAUUGGUAACGAUGACCAGUCUUCAACCAGUAAGGCUACAGCAUCGUCAAGCAAGAUCCAGGAGAUGGCAGAAGUCGCGGUUAGCCCGGGACCAAGCCAGAAGACAAAGAAGAAGAAGAAGAAGACAAAGAAGAAGGAGCGCUUUAUUAGCAGAGUCUAA